CUUGUAAUCCAUUCAUAUUCGCAAUGGGCAUAUCUAUGCAGCUCAUUUCCGGGAUAGCCGUCCUGAUCUUGCUUCUUCUUCUCUCGCAUAGCCACGGCUCGGGUGGAACGGUAAGAACCAUGAAGGACGAGAUAGUGUUUGACAUUGGUGUGGUUCUAGAUUUCAGUUCCUUGGUCGGCAAGGAAGCUCGGACGGCUAUAGAAAUAGCAAGCCAAGAGUUCAAUGCCGUGUCAAGUGACUACAAGCUAAACCUUCAUUACGAGAACUCUGGCGGAAAGCCUCUCCAAGCGGUUUCUUCAUGUUCUUCCCGAUGUAACAUGUUUAUUUCAUGAAUAUAUCAAAAUGAGAAGGUUUAUUGUACAAAGAUUGAAGUAAAUUAAUUCAAUUUAUGGCUAAAUAUACAUCAACUAAUUAACUACGUAAAUUUAUAUACGCAUAUAGUAAAUACUUGCGGGUACAUUUAUGUAUUUGGCUCCUUUUGUCUUUCGUAAUAGCCAAAAAGCUUAUUAAGAGGAAGAAAGUGAAGGCUAUUAUCGGCUUGGAGACGUGGAAGGUAGCAGAAUUAGUAGCUGAGAUUGGAACUCGAUUUCAAGUGCCCGUGAUUUCCCUGGCAAGAAACCAAGUUGGAACGUUCAUGCCUGGACUAAUUCAGAUGGGUAGUGACAAGGCUGAACAGAUCAGAUGCAUGGCGAAUAUCGUCCGGUCCUUUAAUAGGCACCGGGGGUCGAUAAUUUAUGAAGAGGACACGUACGAUGACAGUUAUUCAUUUUCACUCUAUCUGUCGAAGGAGCUCCUUGAAGUCAUGUCUGAGAUGGAAGACCAAGUUGUGCUUCCGCCAUAUUCUUCACUAUCCGAUCCGGAAUCGGUGGUGAAACAAAAAUUAAGGAUGUUCAAAGGAAAAUUGUCCCCAGUUUUUAUCAUUCUUGAUUUGUCGUUGCCAAUGGCGCGUCAUUUGCUCAAGGAAGCAAAGCAGAUGGGAUAUUUCAGGGGAGACUCAAUUUGGGUUCUCUCAGAAUCAGUGUUGAACCUCUUAAAUUCAGUCCAUUCAAAUGUCACCUUCUCCAUGAAGGGUGCAAUUGGAGUAGUGACAGACCUCCCCAGGAAGAACAAAGAGUACUUGGAUUUCAUUCACAAGUUCCAUCGCAAAUUAAAUCACGAGGCUCGUGAUUCUAUGCCGGGAAUUCAUGUCCUCCGAGCAUAUGACUCCAUUACAAUGGUAACCAAAGCCAUGGACGGAGCAUCCAGUAGUGCCGAAAUCACUUCAAAACUUCUCAUGAAAAGAAUGUUGCAGAGCAAAUUCGACGGCCUGAGCGGGCAAGUCGCAUUUAUAGAGGGCCGGAUAUUGAACCCUAGAAAACCGAAAUUAGUAAGCAUCAGCGACGGGACGAAAUUAUUAUAUGAAGAGCUCAACAUAUGGUCGCCUCAGAAUGCGUUAUCCGCUGCUAAUACUGCGGUGCAAGAGCUAAAACAUGGCAUCGAGGAGUCUAAAGUAGGGGAGGCAACAUGCUCUGUCAGUGAUGUUCAUCUCUCUGGUCCGAUGAAGAUUGGGGUGCCACGCCAUACACCCUUUGAUAAGUUCGUGAAGGAGGAGGUCGAUGAUUCAACUGGGAAGAUACGGUAUAUCGGUUUUUGCAUUGAAGUGUUUGAGAGGCUUCUUUUUCUUUUGAAAAGCACCUCAGCCCAAACCUUUGACGACUACCAUUUUGUUUCUCAUAAUGGAUCGUACGAUGAUCUGGUUCAGGAAGUCCGUAACAAGACUUAUAACGCGGCAGUCGGCGACAUAACUAUCCUAGCCAAUCGCUCAAAGGAUGUCGAUUUCACGCAACCAUUCAUUGAGUCGGGGCUGUCGAUGAUUGUGGUGGCAGAAGUCAACGAGAAGAAGAUGUGGAUCUUUCUGAAACCUUUCACCCCAGUCAUGUGGAUGGCUUCUGGUGGGAUACUGAUCAUCACAAUGUUAACAGUUUGGUCCCUUGAGCACCCUUCAAACCCGGAGUUCCGAGGCCCGUGGACUGAUCAGCUUUCUACUGCACUCUGGUUCACUUUCUCAUCCAUCUUCUUUGCCCACCGGGAGAGAAUAUACGGAAACUUGACCCGAAUAGUCCUUGGGGUCUGGUUCUUCAUGGCACUUAUCCUAACCCAGAGCUACACGGCCAGCCUGACCUCAAUGCUGACAGUCCACAAGUUGAAGCAGAACGAAAUCACAAUGGAGCGGCUGAGGCAGAACAACGCGAAGGUGGGCUGCGACAACUCGACCUUUGUUUGCAAUUUCUUGGAGAGAGUCCAUAACUUCAAACCGAACGCCAUUGUGGGGAUUACGAAUUACACUGACUUCCAUGAGCAAUUGAACAAGGGGAGCAUUAAGGCCAUGUUUGUGGAGUACCCUUACGAGAGGGCUUUCUUCAGCCGCUACUGCAGCAGCGGCUUCUUGGUCACACAUCAGUCCUACAGAUUUGGAGGAUUUGGCUUUGCAUUCGAGAAAGGCUCUCCAUGGACUGCAAAGUUCUCCGAGGCAAUCUUGGAACUCUCAGAGAGCGGAGAUCUCAAAAAGAUGGGAGACGAGUGGUUCCGCGAGGAAUGCCCCACGGUGAAUGGCACGGCAUCAGCAUCUUCAGACUCCGAGACACAGAGCUUACGACUCAGGAGCUUUUGGGCUCUCCAUGUCUUCUCCCUAGGCACUUCCGCGCUUUGUUUGCUGCUCUCCUGUUUCUGCUCGCGAAGGAAUGGCGACAAAUACCGUGCAAAUAAUGCUGUUGAACAGCUAAACAGGGCUCGGCAACACGAGGGCGGGGACCACGAGAUGGAUGAACUUCACAGCCACAGAAGAUGACAACUAAUAGAGGAAAUAAUGAUUUUAAAUCCUAACUUUCCCUGUAUAGGUGUUGUAUCAUGAUCAUGCAAUUAUCUCUUUCCAUAGACACGUCAUGUACAGAUCUAUAUAAUGCAAUACAAUACAACUCAAACAUUAUGUUGAGGUUUCAGCCAAAAUCCACUACUCUUUAAUGGUAUCAAAGCCUAUCGUCAAGU